AUGGCGGAAAAUUUAAAAGCCUGCUCUGUUUGUUGCAAAUCCACUUGGUCUCAGCUCCAGGAUUUGUGCCGCUUGGAAAAGUUAUGCUGCUCGACCAUGGGCAUCACCAGGAGAAACCUGUAUAAUUUUGAAGUGGAAUAUCUGUGUGACUACAAGAGAAUCCGGGAUGAGGAAUACUACCUGGUGAAAUGGCGGGGCUACCCUGAUUGGCAAAACACCUGGGAGCCCCGGAAGAACUUGCGCUGCAUCAGCAUCCUCAAGCAGUUCCACCGGGACCUAGAGCAGGCACUGAUCCGGCGAGGAGGCAAGCUCAGGAAGAACAUGAGCCUGCUGGACCAAGGCCUCUCCAACUACCUGGUGCAGAAGGCCCGGCAGCGACAGGCCCUGCAGCAGUGGGAGUACCAGCUCAACGCCAAGCGCAACCACAAGGGGCGCAUUGUCGUCGAGAACGAGGUGGACUUGGACGGGCCCCCCCGGGAUUUCGUCUACAUCAACGAGUACAAGGUGGGGGACGGCAUCACUCUCAACCAGGUGGCGGUGGGCUGCGAGUGCCAGGACUGUCUGUUGGAAGUGGCAGGGGGCUGUUGCCCAGGUGCCUCGCACCACAAGUUUGCCUACAACGAGCUGGGGCAAGUGAAGAUCAAGGCCGGCAUGCCCAUCUACGAGUGCAAUUCCCGCUGCAACUGCGGGCUCGACUGCCCCAACCGCGUGGUGCAGAAAGGCAUUCGUUACGACCUCUGCAUUUUCCGGACGGAUGACGGGCGCGGCUGGGGCGUGCGCACGCUGGAGAAGAUCCGCAAGAACAGCUUUGUCAUGGAAUACGUGGGAGAGAUCAUCACAUCGGAGGAGGCAGAGCGACGGGGUCAGAUCUACGACCGGCAGGGUGCCACUUACCUAUUUGACCUGGACUAUGUAGAGGAUGUAUAUACAGUGGACGCGGCCUAUUAUGGCAACAUUUCUCAUUUUGUCAACCACAGUUGUAACCCCAACCUCCAGGUGUACAACGUCUUUAUCGAAAACUUGGACGAGCGGCUGCCGCGCAUCGCCUUCUUUGCUACUCGGCCGAUCCGUAUCGGUGAGGAACUCACCUUUGACUACAACAUGCAAGUGGACCCAGUAAAUGCAGAGAGCACGCGGAUGGACACUAACUUCGGCCUCAUGGGAGGCCUGACCGGCUCCCCAAAGAAGCGGAUGCGCAUCGAGUGCAAAUGCGGCACGGAGUCCUGCCGGAAAUACCUCUUCUAG